AGAGCGCCGCGUGCGAGACGCACAACGGCGCGCCGCACCGCUGCCGCCGCCUCACUCCACUUUGACACACGCACACAAAUCGUGCGCAGCGGAACCGGUGAGGAAUUAAAUAGACACUCAAGUUGUUGCUUUUUAUUUUUUAUUUUUUAUGUGUGUGUGUGUGUGAACAUUUUUGGGACGAAUUAUUAGGUCGGGUGUGCGCGCCGUUGCCCGCAGCGUGUUUUUUUUUUUUCGAUUUGUUUUUGGCCGGCCUCACGAUGGCCGUCCAGAGUUGGUGACCCGGCAUGGCUUCCGAACCGCAUCCCCGAUGAUGACGAUGAGUUCGCUGGCGGACACUUUGGUCUCCGCCGACCCUUCCAAAUCGGCCUUUUUGGAAUGCGGCGGCCAUGGCUUCCCCGCUCACGCUCACCCGCAGUCCUCGCCGGGCCUGGCGCACAACCCGUACCAGUUCCACGGCCUGCACGCGGCCGCGCAGCACGACGGGCCCUUCCCGUCGUCGGCGCCCUCCUACGGACGCCCUCUCGGCUACCCGUCCUACCACAGCCCGGUGAGCGCGCACCCGCCCGGGUCCUACCUGCCCUACCCGCACGCGGGCCACGGCGGCGGGCCGCAGGGGCGCGCCAGGCCGGAGGAGAAAGAACACGACAAGCCCACAACGGUCUUGGAAAACGGCGAGCUGCGGCUCAACGGCAACGGCAAGAAGAUCCGAAAGCCUCGGACCAUUUACUCCAGUCCGCAGCUGCAGGCCCUCAACCAGCGCUUCCAGCAAACCCAGUACCUGGCUCUGCCCGAGAGGGCCGACCUCGCCGCCAAAUUGGGCCUGACGCAGACGCAGGUUAAAAUCUGGUUCCAGAACAAACGAUCCAAGUACAAGAAGAUCAUGAAGAGCGGGCCCUGCGGAUCGGAUGGAGAGCCCGGUUCGGCCCCGCUCCAGACUUCCGCUUCUCCGUGCUCGGUCUGGGACAUGAGCAUGACCCCCAAAGGCCCACCGGUGCACUCCGGCGGCUACAUGAACAAUUUUGCCCACUGGUAUCCGGGACAUCCGCAGGAUGCCAUGCCCAGGACUCAACUCAUGUGACAUCUACUCGGAUUGGAGGGCUUUUUUUUUGUUUGUUUUUCCCCCUCCAUAAAAACAACUCCCCACAUAUCUGACAUUUUUUACAGUGUGGAGCAAAAAUUAAGUAAAGUGUAGCAACAAAAAAAAAAAAAAAGUUCAAUGCGGGGCGACUGGUUUUGCUCCAGCAGCUCUCAAUGCACAGAAGUAAAGUGCAGCGAGGUACUGCACGCGGAUUCUUUGGUGAAUUUCUCGGUGUCACAUGAAGAAAAUGC